UGAAAUUAAGGCUGUUUCUGUGUUGACCAAUCACGUCAUGCCACUGUCUUUUUGAAAUGCUGUUUCCAUCAGCCCUUUUCAGUUUUCACUCACUCUGACCAGCAUAGGAGUAAAGAUGCAGUCAGACUUGGAGACCGAUGACCUUGCUCUUGAAUCUGAACCUGUCAAAGUUCUGGCUACUCUGUUUAAAAAUGAAAAAGAGUGCUCAAGGAAAAUUUACACUCAUAAAUAAAACCAUGUCGGAGCAACCAGGUUUUGCAUUUGACAGAGUUCAAAAACAUAAUAGUGAUUUCCAAGAAUUUGUUGAUGUUGACAGAAAUGUAGAAAUAAAGAACUUUGACAGAUUUCAAAUCUUCAUAUCAAGCGCAAAGGCACUACCCCAAACAAAUGCUGGAGAGGCCUGUCAAAUACAGCAUGUUCCAGUGCCAGAUGAACAGGGAGGCCUGCAAUCUUUACUUAACAGCAAAACUCCAGAAAUACUUGAGGAACACAAGAGAACAGGAACACUUAAAACUGAGUCAAGGAGACAUCUGGUCAAAGUCUUGAUAAGUCACUUGGUGGAGAAGCAUGGAUUUUACCCACCAAGUGCUGAAAAGCUCGCCCUUGCAAAGGGUAUUAUCACCACUUUCCCUUCCUCGAGGGUUCAGAUUGACGGCAAUGGAGAUGGAUAUGAGCAUUUUUAUGAUCCAUCGUCUCAUUCUGGCUUCUUGGAGAUGAGGCUGCGUAACAUUCGGCGAAAGCUUGAAGCUGGUCAGCGGCGUUACACAAAACACAAGAAAGGGUGUGACACAAGGAUACAAGGAUACAAGGAAGUUUAUUGUCACAUGCAUAUAGUUACUGGAACCCUAGACACAGGAGCAAGAUCAGAGCAGGACCAGGGGGAGAGCAGUGAGACCGGUGAGUGGAUCACCCUGAUGAAACGACUCAGGCCUUCUUUCAAUCAAAUCAGCAAUGGAGAAUACAUACACCAGGCGCAGAGCAUGGAUAUCAAAGGCAACUCCUACAUUGACUGAAAUCUUCAAUGAAUACCCACGCUUUUUGGAUAUGCCAAGUUUGCCUGGAACCAGUAUUGCAUCCCUCUGCGACAACUCUGAGAUGGCAUCAAGGACCCAGCCACAGCUGAUCUGUAUGUUGGUUGAUUAUGGAUAAGCACCUCAUACAUGCCUGGUUAAAACCGACUCAUUUACUUUGUGAAUAUAGUCUGGGGACAUAUGUAAAAAUGUAUUAAUGCAUCUGUGUUUUCUGAUAUGACUGUUAUAUGUUGUUACAUGUCAUCCAUUAGUCAUAACUGUAAUUGUAUAUUUUAAUAUGUAUUCAUGCUUCUGAUAUUAUCUCUUAUCACUGCAUAUCCUGCUACACUUAGUGUAGUUUUGUUGUACUUUGCACUCAUUAAA